AUGGACGUGCCAAUAUCAGCGUUGUACUUACAGCUCGACAAAAAUAUCAAUUGGGAGUACAUGACGGAUCCUUCAAAUGAAUAUUGUCUUGGUAUCGACAAUAGACAGUGUAAAGUAUCUAUGGGUAAAGUAUUAGGUGGAUCAAGUUCAUUGAAUCUGAUGCUCGCUGUCAGAGGUAAUAAACAUGAUUAUGACGAAUGGGCUCAACUGACAGGUGACAACAGCUGGUCAUACGAAGGAAUGCUGCCGUACUUCAAUAAAAUGGAAAAUUUUGCCAACGACUGGAUCGAAUACAAUGAUACGUAUCAUGGUUUUCAAGGUCCAGUUCACAUUAAUCAUGAACGAUAUCGUACUCCAUUGGUAAAAGCAUACAUCAAAGCUGGCAAGGAACUGGGAUUCCCUUCAGGUGACUACAACGGGCCAAAGCAAACAGGAAUACAUUACGUCCAAACUAAUCAAAUAAAUGGGGAAAGGAUGAGCAGCAAUCGAGCCUACUUACAUCCAGCUAAAAAUAGAAAAAACUUGAUAGUCAGCAUAAACAGUCACGUGAACAAAGUCUUGAUUGACCCUCAGACGAAAACAGCCUAUGGUGUGGAAUUCACUAAACAUGGAAAGAAGAUCAAAGUGAUGGCGAAGAAAGAAGUUAUUCUAUCAGCUGGUGCCAUAGCUUCUCCAAAGUUACUUAUGCUUUCUGGGAUUGGGCCUAAAAAACACUUGGAAAAAUAUAGCAUUAAUGUCCUGCAAAAUUUACCAGUUGGUCGAAAUCUGAUGGAUCAUGUGGUUUACGGUGGAUUAUUAUUUACAGUUAAUAAACCAGUUGGUAUCGUUAUAUCUGACUUACUAGAUCCAAAAAAUCCAGCAGUUACUGAUUAUUUGUACAAUAGGACUGGACCCAUAUCAACUGUAGGCAGUACAGAAAGCUUGGGUUUUGUUAACGUAGACAAUUUCGAUGACGAAACCGACAGUCCUAAUAUUGAGGUAUUAUUCGCAUCUGGUACCUUUGUUUCUGAUGCGUUUACUCAUGAAGUUUUUGGAAUAAAUGGAAAAUAUUGGACGGACUUUUUUGCUGAUAAACUUUACCGUCAUGGCUAUACGAUAUGGCCAAUACUUUUAAAGCCAAAAAGCCGUGGAAAAAUAUUGCUGCGAAGCGCUGAUCCAAAUGACAAGCCAAGAAUAAUUGCUAGUUAUUUUUCUGAUCCAGAUGACGUUCGAACUUUAAUAAAAGGAAUUCGAUUAGCCAUUAAAUUGAGCCAAACCAGGGCCAUGCAGCAAUAUGGUUCACAGCUAAAUGAUCGAGUAGUGCCUGGUUGCGAGAAAUAUGAACCUGAUUCAGAUGCUUACUGGGAAUGCGCUUUGAGGACAUAUACAUUGACUCUCUGGCAUCACUCGGGUACCUGUAAAAUGGGACAUGACGAUGACAAAUCUUCUGUCGUUAACACAAGAUUGCAAGUGAAAGGCAUUAAGAAUUUGAGAGUAGCAGAUGCCUCUAUAAUGCCCAAUAUUAUUAGAGCUCAUACCAACAUUCCAACAAUAACGAUUGGAGAGAAGAUUUCCGAUAUGUUGAAAGAUGAGUAUGGUUACUAA